AUGGAAGCACGUUACAAUCUCGAACUUCGUGAUCGCGAUCCUGCUACUGUAGAAGAUCUUGUACUGGAUGGAUGCGAAAGUGCCGAAAUUGAGGGUAUCACCGAUAAACUCAUAAACCUUCAACAUGUGGCCAACAACUGUCCGGAACUGCUUCAUCUCAAUCUUGCCUCAAACAAAAUUGGAAAAGUGGAGGAUCUGGCACCCCUAAAAAAACUUAAACUGGCCGAGUUGGAUCUGUUCAACAACCCGGUAACAGAAGGGGCGGCAGAAAGUGAAUACAGAUCUAAAGUAUUCGAAGCAAUUCCAUCUUUGCAAAUUCUCGAUGGAGCCGAUAUAAAUGGCGAAGAGGUUGAUGAUUCGCUCGAUGGAGAGGAUGAUUUGGGUGAUGAAGAUAGUGGAGACGAGUCUGGCUCUGACAUUGAUGGACCUGGAUUGAGCUAUUUGGACAACAGCCAACUCGAUGAAGAUGAAUCGGAAGAGUACAAGCCAUCUGACCCAGAGGUCAGUGGCGAAGAUGCAGCAAAAAGAGGUCUCAAAAGACGCAAUGAAGGAACCAAUGGUGGAGAGGGGGAUGUAAAGAAGAAAGCUGAUGAGUAG